UCCCAUAACAGUGAGAGAAGCCGGGGGCUUUGUGCGAAUGAUGGAAGAUGAAGUUUUUUGCUUUUUCCUGACAUUGUUCCACAAGAUCAUGCCACAUGUAGACAUGCUGUUUAGCCAACUGCAGAAGAGGAACAUCGACUCUGUCUACAUCACAGGACUCAUCAAGAGGUUCACCAGCAGCAUACAAACAAUCAGGGACUCCAUUCCUUCUGGUGAAAGCAGUGGAUCUCAGCAGCUGCCCACAAAGAAACGGAGGGGACUUGGACAUGAAGAGCAACAGCUGUUGGCUAGAGAGGUAUGUGAUACCAUACUGAGUCACGCAAAGGAGAGAUUUUCCUUCACCAAACACCUAAUCAGCUCCACCCUCCUGCAAGGAGACCUGUUCCAGCAGCACAGCCGAACAUUCCCUGAAGCAGCGCUGGAAACAACUGUGGAGGCCUUCCCUCUACUGGACAAGGCAAAGCUCAAGACGGAACUGUCCCUCGUCUAUGACAAUGACCAGUUCAGGGCUUGCAGUGGUGCUGUUACUCUGCUCCAGUUCUUCAUUGACAAUAAUCUGCAGGAGACAUUCACAGAGACUGUCAGUCUUCUGAAGGUUCUUGUAACCACACCCAUGGCUACGGCUGAGGCAGAGAGGUGCUUUUCCACUCUGAAAAGGAUAAAGACUUUCUUGAGGAACAGCAUGACACAGGAUCGCCUGAAUGCUCUGGCUAUGCUGUCAAUUGAGAAAAAACUCAUUAGGAGCAUUCCUGACUUCAACACCAGAGUCAUUGAGAGGUUUGCCUCUCAGAAGGAGAGAAGGGCAAAAUUCCUCUACAAAUAGACACACACACACACAAGCUCUCGCAGCAAACACAGAUGGCCGACCCUUAAAAAAAUGCGUUUCAUUAGAGAGACAAUUAAACGGCCGCAGAAUGUUGUGAAGUUACUUUUGGAUACCUAAGAUGUUUUGUUCAACCACAAAGUCCAGGAACAUGAGUACUGUUUGGAAACCUGUUGCGUUCGACUCAUUUUCCCCAGAGGAACAGUUGUUUCUUGUUUCCUUUUGUUUUUGUCUUUUUUCUGCCUGUUGCACAUUUUGUUAUUCAAAGCAGUAAAAAAGGUGCUAUCGGCCAAUAAGCUGGAUAUCACUUUAUAUGUAGAGAGGAGGUUUCCCAUGGUUGUUAGAAGUGUAUUA